AUGGAAGAUCCAUCGUCGAAUGAUAGCCUGUCCGAACUGUACCCACAGUGUGUGUCGCUUAGGAAGGAAUUGGAUUCUCUUCUCCGCACCAUAUCAUCGUCGCUGACAUUGCAAUCACCUAUACAUUCAGGAGGUCGAUCAUACGUUGGACCAUUAGGCCGGGAAGUUGCAAUAAAGGGCGCAGAGGCACCUUUUGGUGGCUGUGAUGGGCGCGGAAGUGGGGGCUCCUCGGCGGCGAAGCUUCAGCGUUUCUCAGCCCUCACGCGUCAAUUUUGCAUGCUUGUCCUGAGUUUGCAAGAUGCGCUCGCGUCGGCUAAGUCCAGCGGCAUAUCGCGAAAUAUGUACUCCAUUUGGGAGCGGAGGAUCCAAGACCUGGUUGCAGAUGCGGAGAGCUUCAGGAGAGAGGCAGAAGGCCGCAUGAACCUGGAACAGCAGCGGGUCCAGGAGGCGAUGCGUGACCGGAAGGCACUACUUGGUGACGCCGACCGCAGUAAGAGGUGGGGGGACAUGCGCCAUGCUGAGCUUAUGUACGCUAAAGAGAGGGACCGUCUGCAGGAAUCCCGUACAGUGCUGGAUUCGGUGCUGUCUCAAGGCUGGGGUAUUGUCGGGCAGCUCGUGUCUCAGAAUGCUUCACUCAAAAGUGCGCGGCGGAAGGUGCUCGAUAUGGCCAGUAGUGCGGGCGUUGCGUCAACCUUACUGGGAGCAGUUGGUCGAAGGCAGCAAGGUGACAAAUGGCUGGUGUAUGGUGGAAUGAUCCUAACCCUUGUCUUUUUUUUCGUAGUGUACAGACUGGUCCACCAUGGUAGCCUCUUCGGCUUUCCCAGCGCGGCUGAAGCGGAGGACGAGGCUACCAUAAGUGAGUUUGCGCAGUCCAAUUAG